CAGAGCAGACCUGCCAAGUUAACUCGCUUCAAGUUCCCAAAUAAAUUGUUGAUCUCACUUUACUUUAGGAAACGUCUCCAUCAUUCUGCAGUGAAGAGAGCGUGUGUCCUUUACAGCUGUCCUCAGUCCCCCUCCCUUUUCUGUCCUGCAGUUCUCUCCUCGGUACUUUGUUCCGUCUCAUCUGUGCCCUUCAUCUGUCGCUUUAUUGGAGCAUUUAUGCUUUUAAUCGAUAAUUUUUGCUUCCAAAUCUGUGAAAAGUGGAGCGUUUUGGGAAGACGCUUGUCUCGACUCUGGACUACGCACUUCCUGCUCUCUUGUCGACUGGAUGGAAAAGCGUGGUUACAAAAAUCUGACUUAAGACGGACCUCGCCGCGGGGCCGUGGGGUUCCGGUCAACGUGGACAACCUGCCUUCCCGCUGACCUCGGUGCUAGACAAUGUUGCUCAUCUGUGGUGAAAGAUGGCUCAGUGUAAAUGAAAAACAUGACAACCCAAGUGUUGUCACAUUGUUGGUGUCAGAGGUCCCCAGGGGUGGAGGUGCAGCUGGCUGCAUUGACCUCAGGGCCCCCAGGGCCCCUCCUUGACAGUGCCAGACGCCCAGAUGGGACGAACUGUCAGCCUGUCACCUCCAGGGCCAGGGAAGGCUAAUAGUUUGAUCUGAUCCAAUCUGAUGGAGGAUGCGUCUUCUCUCACUUGCCUCCCGACUCUUUACGUGUUCCCGGAUCCAAACUUCCUAUUGGUGCCUUUGACAAAACAAAGUCCUGUUGGGGAAAGAGAGAGAGAGAGAUUGUUAGAGGGAGACUAAAAAUAGCUUUUAAGUUGAAGCCCGUGCUGCCAAAUCCCAGGGUUGGCUUCUGUCUGCAUGAGAUUUGAAUAUCAUUUGUUCCCUUUAGACUCGCAUAGGGAAACAAAAGUAACUAACACACGACUACUUAUGGUUCAGCUUGUCACAACGGUGACCACAUCGAUCAUACGUUCACUCUUUUGUCUGCUCUCUGGGUUUUUCUCUGCCUAAAGGCCGUAGUCUGCAGGUGCCUUUAGCUCGGCCUCCUUCGAUGCCAGAGGCUUGACCUAGCCUUUCCAUGAAGGUCACAGGAAUGUGAGGUUGACUCCUGCAGUAUCUCUGUCAGCAAUAAGAGGUAGACUGGUGGAUGAACAUGAGAGGAAGUGAAAUUCAAAGAGGAAUGCAGGAUGCAGCUAAUAUGUGUGGUAUGCAAUGUUUUCAUUAAGCUUCUUAGAAAGUGCAAAGCCUGAACCGCCGGGGUCACCUAACUGCUGCAGUGAAAGUUGGAAAACCUGUCCUUUUUCUUUCCUCCCCCCUCUCUCUCUCUCUCCCUCCCCUCCUCUCUUUCAUCUCCCUGUUCUCCCUCCUCCCUCUCUGGUUUCUCUGGCUCCUCUGUUGAAUGACCUUGGGAGAUCAGUGACUAGCACUUCCUGGAGUUCGCUUAAAGCAGAACCAAGGGUAAAGUUUCCAGGGGUCGUUUGGUCAGCUAGUUGGAUCCAACCAGGCCAAAAGGGUGAUGCCGUCGUGGCAGCAUCAUAGAAGAUGUCUGCAGAUGCAUUUGGGUCUGGAACCAGCGAUGCCCAGCAGACCCUGCAGUCCUUCUGGCCGCGUGUCAUGGAGGAGAUCAGGAACUUGACUAUGGAUUUCCGCGUUCAGGAGCUGCCGCUCGCACGAAUCAAGAAGAUUAUGAAGUUGGAUGAGGACGUCAAGAUGAUCAGCGCAGAAGCUCCGGUGCUGUUUGCCAAAGCCGCUCAGAUCUUUAUCACGGAGCUCACCCUGAGAGCAUGGAUCCACACCGAGGACAACAAGAGGCGUACACUACAGAGGAAUGACAUUGCCAUGGCAAUAACAAAGUUUGACCAGUUUGACUUCCUGAUUGACAUCGUACCGAGGGACGACUUAAAGCCCCCGAAACGGCAGGAAGAGAUGCGUCAGUCUGUAGCUCCUGCAGAGCCGGUGCAGUACUACUUCACCUUGGCCCAACAGGCUGGAGCUGUACAGGUGCAAGGCACACAGCAGGGUCAGCAACCCGGCACGCAAACGGCCACGACCAUCCAGCCCGGGCAGAUCAUCAUCACGCAACCUCAGCAAGGACAGAUGUUGCAAGGUGCCAACAUGCAGCAGUUACAGCAAGUGCAAGUGCAAUCACAAGGCACACCCAUCACGAGUGCGCCUGUUGCUAUGCAGGUGGGUGAAGGCCAGCAGGUGCAGAUUGUCCAGGCUGCUGCAGCGCAGGGUCAAGCUCAGACGGCACAAGCCCAAGGCCAGACCAUGCAGGUUAUGCAGCAGAUCAUCACCAACACGGGAGAGAUUCAGCAAAUCCCGGUGCAGCUAAAUACAGGCCAGCUACAAUACAUCCGACUAGCCCAGCCUGUCUCCGGAGCGCAAGUGGUCCAGGGACAGAUUCAGACUCUGACAAACACCCAGCAGAUCACACAGGCUGAGGUGCAGCAGGGACAGCAGCAAUUCAACCAGUUCACUGAUGGACAGCAGUUGUAUCAGAUACAGCAGGUGACGAUGCCGGCGGGACAGGAACUGACCCAACCCAUGUUUAUCCAGUCCACCAACCAGACUGCCGAUGCGCAGGUCACGCAGGUCAGCACCGACUGAGCCCAACCAGGACACUUUGUGGGCACGCACGCCAGCCCAUGUGACACCACCAAUGUCCCUAAGGGAGGACCAGAUGUAUUGAAUUUUAAACAUUGAAAUGAGGGACCUGAAAUCUUGCAACACACAUUUUUUUUGUAAUAAAUUUAGUACGACGAAUCCAAAACCAAAGGGACACUGUUUGACUUUCACUGUCAGAUUCAUGUUACAUCCACGCGGACAUGGUCCUUUUGUACUUUUGUUAAAAAAGACACUUAUUAACACUCUCCCGCAGUCCCAGACCACAUGUUUCUGAGUGGUGUUUGCAUCUCUGAGGCCUGUGUGUUCCCCGAAACCACACCCUUCCUAUCAUGGCAUCAUUUAAAAAAUGAUAGAUUUGUGUCACCUGCGUCUGUGUUUUUUUUUCACUCUGUGAUAAAUUCAGGUUUCUUCAUAUCACAUCUUUGGGUGAACAUUUCAUUUUCCUGUCGCUCCUCAUUAUUUAUCCAGUCCUUGUUGAUUGAAACGAAGCCAUAUACCUCAGAUAAGGUCUGAUGAGACUUUUCACGUCCUUCCUCUGUUGUGAUGUUUUCCACGUUGAUGACGAAGCAUGAAUUUAUGUUGUAAGGGCUUCAAACCCAAUAGGCACUUGCUCGUCUUUACGCUUCCCUUCGUCCAUUCACCCCGUCUGCGGAGCUUCUUUCUGCGUUUUUACUGCCUGGGAGGUUUUAAGUCUGGUGUCCUGGUUUAGGUCUCAUGUAGAAACACAUGACUCCCAUCUGGAGUUUUAGAAAGAACGCAUCCUUUUUUAAGAGAUAUUUUUCCUUUUCGCAGCGACGUUUGACCUCAUCACUCUCCCACCAUCUUUGUUUUUUACAGUGUUUUUAUUAUGGUCGUUUAUGCACGUAGUUCAAGUUUGCCAGCAUGACCUGCAAUAGAUAGGUACAAUUUGUUAUUCAACGUUCCUUUUUGUAAACCUAAUUCUGUUUGUGGAAAAAAAUAAAAAACAGAACUUG